AUGAUAAUGACUACAAAUACUAAUAGAAUACUCGAACAUCUAAAUAUAUUUUCUGUUGAUCAUUAUAAAAAACAGCAACAACAACAGCAUCAGCAACAACACUAUGAUGAGAUCAAAAUGAAUCUAACGUCAGAUCAACACGACAAUAUUCUUCAAUCAAAUAUUAAAGACGAAAAAACAGAUCAUCAUGUUGAUAAUACUCAUUUAAAAACGUCACCAACAUCAACACCUAAUAUCGAUCAACCAUUAUUAAUUGUACUUGAUGAAGACGAUAUCAAUACUGAUGAUGAAAAUGAACAUAUUAAUUUAAAAACAUCUGAAAUAAAAUUACAAAGUGAUUCACCUACAAAUGAAGGACAAAAGACAAAUAGUUCAAAUAAAAUUACACCGACAGCUAAACAAUCUAUAAAUAAAUCGAAAAAUUCACGAAAAUCCAAUACAAAUACAUUAACUGAUUCUAAACUUUUUCGUCGUCCACGAAAACCUGGUUUAUCAUCAUUACUAAACGAUUGUAAUCAACAACAACCAUCAGAUAAAUUUUUUCGUACUGUUGUCAUUGAUACUACUUUUAUGCGACAAACAUAUCAACAACAACGAAAUAAAUUAAUAGCUCGUCGUAAAAACUCUAAUACAUUUUCAUCAUCUAUUAAUAUGUCGAAUACUAAAACACAUUCUAUUGACGAUAAUUCUCCUAUAUUAUCAUCGAAUGAUUCGAUAUUAUCAAAUAUAUCAUUUGAUAAUAUAUCUAAUGUAUUAACUGUAUCACGUAUGGGUUCAAUAUUUUAUUGUUUAGAAGAUUUAUAUGGCAAAGUCUUUUCUUCACUAUGUACAUUAGAUGAAUUUACAAAUUUAAUAAUAAAACCUGAAAUAAUUGUUACGAAACAAGUAACAUUAUCAGAAAAAAUGUCAAUUGAAAAACAAGUACCAUCAUUAAAAAAAUUUCAUGAUAUUCGUUUUCGUCUUAUAUCAAUUAAUUCUUCUGAUUAUUUACUUCGAUUAAAACAAUUACUUGUACCAACUAAAAAUCUAGGUGAAACUGAAAAACAAAAGCGUAUCGAACAAAUCAUUGAUGAGAUGCGUGAUUAUAAACGAACACCAACACCUGUUCUUGUAAAGGACAAUGUCUUACAUUCACCAAUGACUACGAAACGUCUCUCAUCGGAUGAUGAUGACGAUGACGAUGAUGAAGAACAUGAUGAAGAACCACGAAAACGUUUAAAAAUUGUUACAAAAAAACAAAAAUCAAAUGAUACACCACCACUAGCUCCUACACAAUUUGGAAUAUUUAUACAAUGUAAUGGUCCAGUUAGUUGUAAUAUAUUUUCAACAAAUGAAACUGUUUCACAAUCAUCUUCAUCAUCAACAACGACUAAUAGUGCAGAAACGACAACAACAACCACUACAACAACAGUUGCAAAAACUGAAUCGGAAAUCAUAGCUAAAUCUACUAUAAUUCGAAAACAAAAUGAAAAUGAUUCUAAACAAAAUUUUCUUGAAAAAUUACAACAACAAUAUUCCAAUAUACCAAAAUUUAAUUUAAAUAAUGAACAAUUUAUUCCUAAAUCUACAAUUUUAAAUCGAACGGAUUCACAGAGUCCUACGGAUUGUAAUCAAAUAAAUAACAUAUGUCCAUCAUCAACUGUUAUGAAUAUGCCAAUAAAACGGCGUAUUCUUAAUUCAUAUAAUAACGAUGCAAAUGAUUCAUCAUCAUCAUCUACAACAGCAAUGCAUCUAUCUACAAGAUCAAUAAAUCAUUCACGUUGUUUAUAUCGUUCAAAAUCUUUUACGUUUAAAAAUAAUAAUAAUGAUCAACAAAAUAAAAGUUUUGCUCGUCGUUCAUCUAGUUUAUCAUUAAUUCAAUAUCAUACAAAAGAAAAAUUUUCUAAUAGAAAAUCUCAUUCAACAGACAAUAAUAAUUCCAAAUUAAAUAUUAAAUCGAAAAGUGAACCAAUCGAUUUAACAGAUGAAAGUUAUUCAAUGCCAAUGAUUGUUAAUGUUGAAGAAAAUGUUGAACCUGCUAAUCAACGAGACAAAAUUAAAUGUAAAAAAUUAAUUACUACAAAUACUAAACCAAAACAAUCAGAAAGUGUGUCGAUAUCAUCCGAGUCAGAAUCACGUCCACCGUCAACAGUCAAUUCUCGCUCAACAUCUCAUGGAUCUAAUCCAACAACAGUAUUAGCAAAACCAACACCUACUCAUCAUACAACUCCAACUUCAACUCCAACUCCAACUCCAUCAUCGUAUCGUCCAACGCCCUAUGUUGUUUAUCAACAUCAAGAAUCUUAUACAUAUCGUGAACCAUCUCAUAAUAUUUCAUCUUCACCUUCUAUGUCUCAUUCAUAUCAACAUUCAACACCCAUUCCACAUAAUACAAAUCUUUAUCCAUAUUCAUUUUCAUCUAAUCCACAACAGUAUCCAAUAAUAAAAAAAACGAAAGAAGUAUCUACACCAAAUUCUUACGAUACUCGACCUAAUUCUGUUGCUCCAAUUCAUCCAUCAUCAUCAUCAUCAUCAUCUUCAGUAGCAGUAGUAACAGCAGCAACAAAAAAUAAUCAUCAUAGUACUAGUUUACCAUCAUCUGUUGUUAUGCCUAUUGUUCGAAAACCAAAUUAUUAUCAGCAAUUAACACCAGAACAACAAGCAUCAAUUAAAACACAAUCAUCACCGCCAGUACAAAUGCAAUGUCGUUUACCUUGUUGUCAACCACCACACCCAUCUAUGCAACAACAACAGCAACAACAACAUCCACAUCCACAUCCACAUCUUCAUCAACAUCAUCAACAACAACAGCAUCAACAACAACAGCAUCAACAACUAACAUCACCACAUUCAACAGAAAAGGCACUGCAAAAUGAAAGAUAUAUGUAUACAUCAUAUGUUCCUUCAACACCGGCACAACAUACAUUAAAACGUGAUCCAUCACAUACACCAGAUAUUCUAAAUUCAUCACCAUCUAUGAAUCGAAAACAACGUCGCGUUGAAUCUAUACCACCACCAUCAACAACACCAUUUCCACCUUAUUCAUCAACAAAACCAUAUUUUGUUCCUCCACCACCAAUACCAUCGCUAGCAUCUUCAAAUUCCUCUUCAUUAUCAUCAUCACAUUGGGCAUCGAUAUCUCCUUCACAACCAACUCAAAAUAUAAAACCAUCUAUUCGAUAUCCGUAUCCUCCACCACCAAAUACACCAAUAAAUAACAUAACACGUAAAACUGAUUCUUAUCGUCCUCCACCACGUCGUCCAAUACCAGUUCAAUCUCGACCACCAUUAACAACACCUGUUGUUGCACAAAAUUCUUCAACAUUAAUGAGUCCACCAAAUACACCACAUGAAUUAACUUUACCAAAUAUUCGUACACGUAGUAUUGAUAUACAACGAGCAAUUAUUGAACGUGGUUAUUGUGAUAUGGAUAAAUUACCCAAACUUGUUGUACGACAUACAAAAACAUAUUCAAAUAAAACAAUUGAUACAAUGGGACAAUUAUUUCCUACAUGGUUCAAUGAACCUGAUUAUCGUUGUAUACAUUGUUUUCGUUGUGAUCAAGUAUUUACACCACAACAAUUUAUGACACAUGUUGAUGAUGAACAUUUACAAAAUGAACAACCCAUAAAUAUGACAUCAAUACAAUUAUUAACAUCAGAAAAAAUGUCUGAAUAUAAAGUUGGAUUAUGGAAUCAGUUUUGUACAAAUCUUACCAUCUAUGCAAGAAAAGAUUUAAUACCAUCGGAAUUAAUUUUAUCCUAUGAUCUUGAUGAACGAAAAUGGAAUAUUGAUACAAUUGAAUAUAAAUAUAUAUUUGAAACAAAAUUAAAUCAUUUAUAUAACAAUGAACAUAUACCAUUUGAAGAACAACUUCGGCAUGUUAUUGAUUAUCUUGAUAAUUAUUUCAAUAAUCAAUCAGAACAACAAAAAGCGAAAAUAAAUCUUCAUCGUAUGAAUUCAUUCUCAUGGUUUCGACGUUUACGUAAUGCACGUCGUUGGUCAAGUCAAAAUGUUCUUACAGAUUCGCCAGCAGAAUUACAACGUUAUUCAGCACCGGAAAAAUCUACUAAAGAAAAUAAUAAAGAACAAAUUCUGUCAGUCAAAACAUUAGCUGAAUCAUUUGAUACAAAUAAUAUUCAUCGAACUCGUACAAAAACAUCCAGUUCAUCAUUACAAUAUCCAAAUGAAUAUAAUGAAACUCAAGUACUAAAUAAAGCACCAUCAAUUAGUGAAAUUUGGUUGAAUGUUUCUUUGCAUGGAACGAAUGAAAAGCAAGAAAAUAGUACAAGUCAUAUCAGCGAAUAUCUAUUGAAAAAAUUAGCAGAAAAAUUCGUGAAAUAUUUCGGUGGAACAUUUCAAUGUAAUGUUGGUCAUCAGUGUCAACUCGAAUAUGAUGGUCAAGUAUGGCAUUUUAUUGUACUUAAAUUUGAAUUUUUAACAAAUCAAACUUGUGAACCUAUGAAAAUACCAAAAACAAAAAUCGUUUUUCUUAUUGAUGGUGUUCCAUAUUAUGUUCGAGGUUAA